AAGAUGGUGGAGGACGGCGCUGAGGAGCUGGAGGAUCUAGUGCAUUUCUCCGUAUCCGAGUUGCCUAGUCGCGGCUACGGCGUCAUGGAGGAGAUCCGGCGGCAGGGCAAACUGUGCGACGUGACGCUCAAGUCUUAGACUAGCCAGGGAAUAACCUCUGAUGUAGAGAUUACCAUGACGCAACGGUUCCAUGGCAUAGGCGUGUAAGUCCGUCCAGCCCACAUGUGCACCAGUCUGUACGCUAGGCCAGUGUCUUUCCUGUGUUUGUACAGUUCCUCCUCCAAGAUUGGGGACCACAAGUUCAGUGCUCAUCGGAUCGUCUUAGCGGCCUCCAUCCCAUACUUCCAUGCCAUGUUUACGAACGACAUGAUGGAGUGUAAGCAGGAUGAGAUUGUCAUGCAAGGAAUGGACCCAAGUGCCCUGGAGGCUCUGAUCAACUUUGCUUACAAUGGCAACCUUGCCAUCGACCAGCAAAAUGUCCAGUCACUGUUGAUGGGGGCCAGUUUCCUGCAGCUGCAGAGCAUCAAAGACGCCUGUUGCACAUUCCUCCGAGAACGGCUUCACCCAAAAAAUUGCCUGGGCGUGCGCCAGUUUGCAGAGACAAUGAUGUGCGCUGUGCUGUAUGACGCAGCCAACAGCUUCAUCCACCAGCACUUCGUUGAGGUGUCCAUGUCAGAAGAGUUCCUGGCCCUGCCCUUGGAGGACGUGCUUGAGCUGGUGUCUCGGGAUGAGCUGAACGUGAAGUCAGAGGAGCAGGUCUUUGAAGCUGCGCUGGCCUGGGUCAGAUAUGACCGGGAGCAGAGAGGGUCCUGCCUGCCGGAGCUGCUGUCCAAUAUCCGUCUGCCUCUCUGCCGGCCCCAGUUCCUAUCAGACCGAGUACAGCAAGAUGACCUGGUGCGCUGCUGCCACAAAUGCAGGGACCUGGUAGAUGAAGCAAAGGACUACCACCUCAUGCCAGAGCGCCGACCCCAUCUGCCCGCUUUCAGGACUCGGCCUCGCUGCUGCACAUCGAUUGCUGGGCUUAUCUACGCUGUGGGGGGCCUCAAUUCAGCAGCAAAUUUUUAUGCAGGUGAUUCUCUGAACGUGGUGGAAGUGUUCGACCCUAUUGCCAAUCGCUGGGAGAAGUGCCACCCCAUGACGACAGCCCGCAGCCGUGUGGGCGUGGCUGUGGUGAACGGGCUUCUGUAUGCCAUCGGGGGAUAUGACGGCCAGCUGCGGCUGAGCACCGUGGAGGCCUACAAUCCAGAGACGGACACGUGGACCAGAGUGGGGAGCAUGAAUAGCAAGAGAAGUGCCAUGGGGACAGUCGUGCUGGAUGGGCAGAUCUACGUCUGUGGAGGUUACGAUGGCAACUCUUCCCUCAACUCUGUGGAAACCUACUCACCUGAGACAGACAAGUGGACAGUGGUGACUCCGAUGAGCUCAAACCGAAGUGCUGCUGGGGUCACAAUCUUUGAAGGCAGGGUAUAUGUGUCGGGCGGCCACGACGGUUUGCAGAUCUUCAACAGUGUGGAGCACUACAACCACCACACGGCCACCUGGCACCCAGCCGCCAGCAUGCUCAACAAGCGCUGUCGACAUGGCGCCGCCUCCCUGGGAAGCAAGAUGUUUGUCUGUGGGGGCUACGAUGGCUCCGGCUUCCUCAGCAUCGCUGAGAUGUACAGCUCGGUGGCAGACCAGUGGUGCCUAAUAGUACCCAUGCACACGCGCCGGAGUCGGGUCUCCCUCGUGGCCAGCUGUGGGCGCCUCUAUGCAGUGGGGGGCUAUGAUGGACAGUCAAACCUAAGCUCAGUGGAGAUGUAUGACCCAGAGACGGACCGCUGGACAUUUAUGGCCCCCAUGGCAUGCCAUGAGGGCGGGGUUGGUGUGGGCUGCAUCCCUCUUCUCACCAUCUAGGGAGAGGGCAGGGUGUGGUGGGCUAGGGAUCUGGCAUCAACACCGGCACUUCCUUCCAGGGGCAAGCCCUUUCAGGAGAGGAAGGGGCAGACCAGAAGAUGGGGUGAAAUGUGCAUUUGCCGGAGGUACGGUUUUUCCAGGUGCUUCAGUCCUCCCUCUCUGUGCUGCCCUUGUGACCAGAGGCCAUCAAGAUGCAGAGCAUGGGACAGAGACCUCACUGGGUCCCACAGCCGGUGAAACGGAAGUGCUUUGCUGGUCCAACGUACACGGGCUGCUUCCAAGCUCGGCACCCACCUGCUGCAGCCCCGGCCCAGCUCCCACUUGCCUCAGCGCUGUGAGACCCUCCACUUGCAGAAGACCCUCCGUCCCACGCUCCUCCUUGCCUGCAUGUUCUGCAGCCAUGCUCUGGCCAGUUUUUCAGGAGGAGGCCGCACUCCCCACACCCGUUAGAGAUUGUGGGGUAGAGCUGUGAGCAAGGACACCCCGGUGUUCUUUCUGCCUGUGACGGAACGGCCACAGAGGUGCACUGGGUGCACACAAGCCCGCUCCUUCCUGUCACAGGCACAGAGGGCUUUGUCCCUGUCUCCAGAACGCAGGAGGACAGAAGUCCUCCCGUGACUAAUUUUGGAAUUUCAAUGAGGUCGUCUUCAUCUUGUCCAGGAGAAACUGAAGGAUAAAAAAAGAUGCUUGAAAGAAACUGAUGGAAAUAUAAACAAGAAAACACUUGAAAGACACUGGAAAAAGAUACUUUUAAAAAAAAAGUGAACUUUUUUUUUUAACAGGAAGAAAACAUGAAAGGCACUAAAGCAAAUACACAUUUAAAUGGAAUACCUUCGAGUAUGAGAAUGGCGGUUCCCACCCCCACAUUUGGAUCCCAGGGUCCUGAGGCCUCGUAAAGCAGUUGGGGUUCCCUCUGAGCCCCAGUGCGUCUGGAAUCAGGGCAUUCUCUGGUCCUGUAGUAAGGUGCUCAUGGGGUUUGUCUUUACACCCACCAUCAGAGGACAUUUUUAAUCACAGGCUUAGUGAGUUGGCUGACUUCCUGCCACUCUUCUACAUGGGAGCUCCAGGUCAUCGCAGGAGACUCCAGAGCCGCCGCCAUGAUUACCUCCCACUGCCACCAUGGCGCUCAUUCAGAUUCCCCAUUCCCAUUGACAUGCCUUCCUUUUUGACCAGCAGGAAACAGCAUGGCUGGCCAGAUUCCCACUCGCCCACCUUAUCAUCCUUAGAUAAUUUUCCUCCUUGCGAUACUGUUGGGACACACAGACCAUGGUUUGUACCUCUAGGACCUAACCAGGGGCUUGCUCCCACCAACCAUGGGCUAGCUGGGUCCGGUGACCUCGUCCGCUCUGCCAUUCCACUGCUCCUUCCUGUCGCCAAUCCCAGGGGUCUGGCUUCCUCCAGCCCUCGGCAGACCAACCAGCAAGGUGGACCUUUAUAUUCAAGCGAAGCUGGCUUUAUGAAAUAACUAAAGACUUUAAAAAAAAAAAAAAAGUAUUUUGCUGCUGCAAAGAACAGAUUUUAUAUAUCUUCCUCUAAACCUUGGCACAUGACCUCGUGAAGAGACUUCACGCUCCUUCCUCCUCCCUGGAUGGGACCUUUAAUGUAGCACAGAAGGACCCAGAAAGGAGGACGUUUUUCUCUCACCAGUGCACUGGGCAGUGGGGCUGACCUUCAACUGCUGCUGCCAAAAUCUGGUUUCCUAAACUUCUUCCAGGAGAAAAGAAAAGGAUGUGAUUCCUUUUCGCUCCAAACUGGGUCUUAGGGUCCCACUCUCCACCUGAUUGGUUUCUUGUCCUUUGCUGCCUGCCUGCAAGUGGCCUGGAAGCCUGUUCGGAAAGGCACAAUGUGAAGCCUGGGGUGUCCCCGGCCCACCCACCCUAGGACCAUCAGGUUUACCCUUGUGUGCAAUUGCCAUGGAUUCAGAGGGAAGGACCUUUGUUACCUGCAACUUAGGAGCUGGGCCUCUGCUACGAGCACUUGAAAAUGAUGUUUUUAUGUUAGAAGACUCAGCAGUUUAAUAACUGAUACAAUCUACGCUCCUGGUAGGGCUCUAGCAUUUCCCAUCCCUCCUCGGUUUGCCUACAGUGGCGGACUUGGGAGGAGGUUGGGGAGUUGUCGUUUCCCGUUCAGAGGCGUGGAUCGGCGCUCAUCUUGUUCUGCUGAGUCCCUUUCUUUUGUGAAUGUACAGCAGCAGCACUGCCCAGCCUGGACUGUGAAGGCGCCAAGAAUUGCCCUUUCCGGGGCCCUUGUAUGGUCGCAGGUUUCACCACUGGGGAGUGAUUCGUCAGCGUCCCCUGAUCUGCUGCUCUUCUAGUGACCUUCCUGAGCCCAUUCCCACCUCCCAAGCGUAGAAGUCGUGCUGUGCACCGAAGGACAGUGUUUCCAAGUCAAAGUCAAACCAGCGUCCCGAUCUGGGCUCUGAACACAAUUGAGCAAACACCAACAUUUCCAUACUCGCCCGGUCUGAGGGCAAAUGGCUGGUCUGGCUCUUUAAUGCUUCUGUUUCCAGUAGGAUCAUGAAAAGGAGGCAUCACCCAAGAAUACUGCAGAGAGAAUAUAGCUAGGAGGUAGGUCAGACAUGCUCAGUGGGCCAUAGGUUCUGGCCUGUCUCCGAGCAGAGGACUCACCGGUGUUCUCUGCCCUUGCGUGUGUUGCAUUCUUGGAUGGCACAUAGAGCCUUCCUUUCUGGGUUUCAGCUGAGAUCCUAGCCAGAGGAGAGCUGAAGGCCAGCCUCUUGACUAAGCCACAAAGAUGAAACUAAGUAGGAAUCCCGUCCCUCCCUCACCCACAGUUUGUUUCACAGGAAAUCAUUUAUUUAUAGAACGCAUGUCUUUUGUGUUAAGAAACCAAAGAGAAAUAAAGAAAACACUCCUAA